AAGUUUAAUUCCUUUCUGAAGCCUGGGAUUCCGUGAAAUGUAAUUAAUUUCGGAGAUGCGCGCGAAAAUUACAAAGUGCACUCGAAUUUGAUUUCGAAAAUUACCCGAAAGUGUCAAACUGCACCCAGUCUUUGUCGGUUGGGAUUGUACCUACACAAAACGGUAAUUUAUGUGUUAGACGUGCAUUUGUGUACCUGUUGUUCUUCGGUGGUCAUCACCUUUCUUAGACGAAAUGUACGAAUAUCUGGUUCCAUUUUGAAACUGCACAGUGGUUGCAGCAAUCAAAUGCUUCAGUUACAAGAGACGAAAAUUGGAACACCUUCCUACACUUAUUGUCCUGAGGUGACAGAUAUGACACGUUCAUCACUUAGCGUCAGACUGGAAAAAAUUGUCACGUUGGACGCGAAAACAAAAGAGUUGAUUGCUGAAAUUGAAACUAUCGGCAAAGGAACCAGUAAUACAAAAUCUUGCCGGGAGAAAUUAGAUCACUGUCAAACUCAAGUUAGAGAAAAUCUUGUUGCUAUAAACUCAAUUUUGGAUGAGUUGCAAGCUAUUGAGCAUGAAGUAAACAUAUCGACAAACAGGACUCUCAGUGAAGCAGUUAUUGAAAAUAAGAAACAACUCUUCAUGUUGCAGAGCCGAUAUCGUAAAGCAAUUUUUGCAGCCAAUUCCGCUUUAGAAGUCGUUGAAAAAAAUGAACUUAUUCAUCGUUCAUCAACCGGAAGUGGAUCUGAUACCAAGGUUUCCAAUCUGGAAGAACAGUAUCAAAAUUCACUAGAACUUACUCAAGAUAUGACAACAUACGCAAGGUUGUUAGCUGAGGAGGUCCGACGAGGUGCUGCUAAUGCUGAAUUACUUGAAGAUUCAUCCAGUAAAAUCAUGUCUAACUAUUCUGAAUUAAAAGAAAUGGCUGGGCAUAUGAAUCAGUCAAAACGUCUUGCAUCUUUGGCUCGUCGUAGGCGUUUUACAGAAAGAGUUCUCUUCUUUUUGGCCUUUUCAUUUUUCUUCCUAAGUUGUGGAACAAUUUUUUUACAUAGGAUACCGAUGGGAUAUUGGUUUUUACCAUCUGGUUAUUAAAUUUGUAAUGAUCAUCCUAGCCAGGUUAUGUUUUUACUGGCCCAUAUAGAGUUCUCUAUGGCUGUUCUUCACAGUAUUCGCAAUGUGAUAUCGAUUUGUACAUAUUAUUAUUGUUGUUAUUUCAGAUUUGAUUUCAUGAACUUGAAUUGUGCUUUUUAAAAUCAAAAUGUGGUAUUUUCUGAGUAUUUCGUUUAACUUUCAGUUGUUUGAAAGAAAUGCAUUUUAAGUUGGUAUUAGUUGGGGGGUGAUAUCACUUGGAGAACCAUUGAUAACC